AUGCCUCUGCUGUUUUUGGAGAGGUUUCCUUGGCCCAGCCUGCAGACCUACACUGCCCUGAGUUUGGCUUUGCUUGCUGGCAGCAUCUUUAGUGCCUACACCACUGUGACAGACCCGGGCUUUGGGGUCUUGGAACCAGACGAAACACCAGCUGCCCCUGAUGUGGAUCUUGAACAUCUAAACAAUGAUAUUACUAACACAGAACUGGCAACCACUGUCCUGUGGUAUCUUGUCACUGACAGUCUCUUUGUAUGGGUCUUGGUUAACACAUUCUGCUGUUCUUUGAUGUUAAUAGCUAAAAUGAUUCAGUUUAUGGUUUUCGGCCCGCUCAGAGUCAGUGAGAAGCAGCACCUGAAAGAUAAGUUCUGGAACUUCAUCUUCUACAAGUUCAUUUUCAUCUUUGGCGUAUUGAACGUGCAGACAGUGGAGGAGGUGGUCAUGUGGUGUUUAUGGUUCUCCGCCCUGGUCUUUCUCCACCUCAUGGUGCAGCUCUGCAAAGACAGAUUUGAAUAUCUGUCGUUCUCCCCCUCCACUCCCAUGAACAGCCAUGUGCGAGUGCUUUGUCUGCUGGUCUCCCUGCUGUUGGACUGUUGUGGUCUGGCCAUUGGCUGUGGGGGUCUGCUGGGAGCUUCUCAUGGCAUGCACACCUUCAGCUUUAUGGCAGCAGAGUGUCUGCUUGUGACUGUACGCACUGGGCAUGUCAUCAUGCGAUAUUCUAUUCAUCUGUGGGAUCUGAACCAUCCAGGGACCUGGGAGAAUAAGGGCACAUAUGUCUAUUACACUGACUUCGUUAUGGAGCUGGCUAUGCUCUUCCUGGACCUGAUGCAUCAUAUCCAUAUGCUGCUCUUUGGAAACAUCUGGCUGUCCAUGGCUAGCUUGGUGAUCUUCAUGCAGCUGCGGUAUCUCUUCCACGAGGUCCAGCGCCGUGUCCGCAGACACAAGAACUACCUUCGUGUCAUCAACAACAUGGAGGCCAGAUUUGCCGUGGCAACUGCAGAGGAGCUGACAGCUAAUGACGAUGACUGUGCCAUCUGCUGGGAUACCAUGUUGACCGCACGCAGACUACCCUGUGGCCAUCUCUUCCACAACUCUUGUUUGCGCUCAUGGCUCGAACAGGACACCUCCUGUCCAACAUGCCGGACAUCCCUGAACAUCAAUGGGGACGGGGCCCCGGCGAGAGGCCAGCAGCCAGGCGGGGGCUUGGAAGACAACAUCGGCCCCGUAGGAGCCGCUCCAGAGGCCAGACCACACAUCAACCACCACAAUCACUUCUUCCACUUUGAUGGAUCUCGCAUUGCCAGCUGGCUGCCCAGCUUCUCAGUGGAAGUAAUGCACACCACCAAUAUCUUGGGCAUUGCUCAGGCCAACAACUCUCAGCUCAUGGCCAUGGCCCAUCAGAUCCAGGAGAUGUUCCCUCAGGUGCCCCCCUACCUGGUGAUGCAGGAUCUGCAGUUGACCCGCUCUGUGGAGGUCACCACUGACAACAUCCUGGAGGGACGCAUCCAGGUGCCUUUCCCGACACAGGUGCAGAACUCCGUACAGCAGUGA